AUGACACCCCCAAUGCAAAACAUUCUCUUCAUCACAUGCCCCGAGCAUGGCCAGUCGAACGUAAUACUCGCAGUAGCAGAAGAGUUUCUCCAACGUGGCGAGUAUGAAGUACACAUAGCCUCCUUCCAGCCCUUAGCAGCACGCGUGCGAGCAAUAAACGACCAAGCCGAACAUGACCAAGUUGCACACUUCCAUACAAUUGCAGGCACAUCUAUGAGUGAGCUCGUCGCUCGCAGUACACCAGAUAUAUGCCACAAGCCUGGUCUUGCCGGUACACUCGACGGCUGCAAGAAGAUCAACGCCUCUGUCCUUGCCUGGACACCUGAAGAGUAUCUACAGUCCUACCGAAGCUGUCUCGAGAUCCUAAAAGUCGUCCAACCAGUCGUCGUAAUAGUCGAUCCGCUUCUACAUCUCGGUCUAGACGCGGCCCGCAAUGCGAAGAUGAAAAUAGUCGUUCUCUGGCCCGUUCUUCUCAAGGAUGUGGUGAUCAUGAUACAGCCAAAGCUCAGCAUCCUAUGGAAAUACCCUCUCACAGGAUCCGGCUAUCCCUUCCCCCUCCCCUGGCACCUAAUCCUCCCAACAAUCUACAUGGUCCUCUGCUUCGGCCUCAUCGUCCGCUGCGGCAAACCAAUGCGCAACCUCCUCCAAUGCCGCAAAAAAGCAGGAAUCACAACCCCCUUCCCCCACCUAAUCCCCUACUGCGAAAACCACCUCCACCUCUCCCCCUGCUUCCCAGCAAUGGACUUCCCCCUCCACGUCCCCAAGAACGUAAUAAGCUGCGGCCCAAUCCUCCGCCCCCAUACCUCCCUCGCCUCAACCGAUCCCUCCCUCAACGCCUGGCUAACAAACCCAACAAUUCUAAUAUGUCUCGGGUCCCACGUGCGCGCAUCAGAAACCGACGCCUUGCAAAUGGCCCGCGCCAUUCAAUCCGUCCUCACCCAAUGCCCUGAUAUGCAUGUCCUCUGGAAACUGAGAUAUGACUGGGAAAGCUCGUCGCGCGUGAAGGCCAUCCUCGGCCCGUUGGUCUUCUCCGACAAGGUACGAGUCGUGUCGUGGAUCCAGCCAGAGAUUAUAUCGCUUCUGGAGAGCGGGCAUAUAGUUGCUUACGUGCAUCACGGUGGGGCGAAUUCGUUUUUCGAAGCUUGCAAGUACGUUUCCCUUGAUGUCACUGUUUGA